AUGACCUCUGAAGCCUUCAAACUGAAAGGCCUCUUUGAACAAGUCCGUGACGACUUCACCAGAGAUGCUGGUAUAAGGCUCCAAGCUCGCUUGGCCAGAGAGGAUGUGGAAAAGGCCAGGAAGGAAGCAAAAGAGAAAGCUCGUCUGGAAGAAGAACAGAGGAUCAGAGAAGCUGAAGAAAAGGCUGUUGCUGCUGCUGAGGCUGAGGCAAAAGCAAAAGGCGACGCUGAAGAAGCAGCACACAUUGCUGCAGAGGAAGCUGCAAAGGCCAGGGCUGAUGCUUUAACUCAGGGGGAACAAUCUAACUCUGGUUUUUCCCCUCUAGUCUUAAAGACUCUAGAGGAAAUGCAAAAGGAACAACAAGUGGUACGAGCUAGGCUGGAUCACCAGGAUUUCGUCAACUCCAACAUUCAGAACAUGUUGACUCAGUUGCUCCAAAGGAUGUCUCCGUCCCCGAACCCUUAG